CAGUCAUUCGGCGCCGAGCAGUGGAAGCCACAGCAAGUGUGUUAAACUCUCACGUCUUUGUUCAGGAUUUUGUGGAAGUUUUCUGAAAAUAAAUCUAGAAGUGGGUGCCGUCAUAGGGGCAGGAACGAAAUUGCAGCAUCAUCGAUAGCCAAGAAUUGAAGCCGAUUCUUCAUCAAAUCCUUCUCUCCCUUGAGGAAAAAUGUCCUGCCGUGGUUCAGUCUUCCUUAUUGCAACGGCGAUGGUGGCAGCUCUAACGCCAGCAAGUGGAUGCUUCACGUUAUUUCCUGUGCCUCUGAAAACACUGACGACAGCAGUGCAAUGCGCGGCUCCAGCCUCGUACAUCAGCAACUGCGGCAACACGGCGUGCACCACCGACCUGGACUGCGGUAUCAUCGACCAGUGCUGCUCGGUUUCUGGUUGUCCCGGCGGUGACGGCAAGCGCUGCGUCACGAGGUGCCCAGACGCGUUGCCUAUCAAUAUUGGCUGCCCUGGAUACAAGCAGUGUACCCUCACCCAAGACUGCAACGUCACCAACUUAGACAUUUGUUGUCCUUUUGCGGGGUGUCACUUGUGUGUGCAUUUUCCUACUCCGACCAAAGUUCCCACAUGAAAGAUAUUUUUGAUUUCGAAACGAACAUUCUCACUUGAAAUUUCUGGCAGCUCUAAGCCUGCGAUUUCAUUCGUGGUGUGCGUACAUAUGAUAAUGAGUUUGCCUAAAUUGUGUGUUUGUUCUUUCAAGGAGCAACUCCAGAAAAACGGACAAUAUUGACUCUGUAUUGAAAAUGGCAAUGGACUCAGUUUAGAAAACAUCAUUUCCGUGUCAUUUAAUACUUCCAGUCGAAAUAAACUCGUCAACUAAACGAUGUCAUCUUUUAUUCGAGAUCUACGCUUACGAUGACCAUCCAUAGCUAUACAUUUCCAGUGACGUAUAGUAUGCAAAUUUAAUUUGAUAACCUAAGAAGGUAUCCCAGGAUUCAAAAUAAUAAAUCAGAAUGUUACAUUCAUUGCCUACUUUGCAAUGAAAAGUUUUUAAUGCUCCAUCUAUUUGACUUUCAAUACAUCAUAGUCUAUUGA